CACAAUCAGACAGCAGCUCUGAAGCCUCCGUCUGGUCCUGAAGCCUCCGUCUGGUCCUGAAGCCUCCGUCUGGUUCUGAAGCCUCCGUCUGGUCCUGAAGCCUCCGUCUGGUCCUGAAGCCUCCGUCUGGUUCUGAAGCCUCCGUCUGGUCCUGAAGCCUCCGUCUGGUUCUGCCAAUAUCUGUUUUUUCAGUAAUGGCGUUCCCACGGCGGUUGGCCUCCAUGUUGCUGGUUUCAUGGAUCCUUCUCCUCUACUGGACGGCCUCCUCUGCAGAGUCACAUGACCUCCACCAGUCCCCCAGGAUCCGCAGACAGAUGGCUUUUCGCACCAGAGAGGUCGUUGCAGCAUCCUCACAGGUGGUCAAAGACUCUCUGACCGUCAUCAAAGAAGCUUUGGCAAGUGCUCAGGCCAGUCGGGCGAUUGAUGUGAUCAAGAGUAUCUCCAAAGUUGCCAAUCUGGCGCCCGGCAUUGCAGGUCUGGUUGCAUCCUUUAUCAACGUGGCGCUGGCCUUCAUCCCUCAGGAAAACCCCCUGACAGAGCUCAGGAGGGGCUUUGAUGAGGUGAAUCGGAAGCUGGACUCCCUUUCCAUACAGAUCUUCAACCUGGCCACAGAUGUGGAAUGGUUCAACUACGCCAGCGUCUACUCCCAAGACGAAGUCCGCAUCCUCAAUGCCUGGAACAAGUUCACCGAGUUUCGUCAGAGCAGUGAGUUGGCGCAAAGCGAGGAGGCAAAACUGCAACUAGCCGAGAUGUUCACCAGCCACUACGAGUCCUCAGGAGCUGAGGCCAGUGUGUCCAAUCUUUACCACUACCUGACGGUCAGCAGCACGGCGCUCAGUGGAAACCUCAAUAACUUGCUGAUAAAGAAGUUUAAAUGUGGUGUCCCUGACAUCAGCAGAUUCAACCUGUACUUCAGCAGCCUGCUGUGGAAGGGGAUGGUGGUCAGCCAGGUCUACUGGAAUCUGAUGGGUUUCUACUCAUCAGGCAAAGAGGACCAACAUAUCCAGAUGUUUAAGAAGGUGCAUGAAGUUCAAUCAUCAGCUGUGGACCUCUGUCAGAAAAACUACGAGGAGUACAUGAAGAAAGACGUGGUGGAGAUCACCAAAAGGCUCAUCCCUGACAAAGAUGCCAUCGCUAAACAGGUGAAGGAGGCUCUGGACAAGAAGUACGACUGGUACAGCUGGGUGGUGCUGGUGUACGACAGCAACAAUAACAGCAGUUACAAGCUGUUUGAUGUGACACCGAUCGAGGUGGGCAACAUCAUGGUGGUUGUGGCCUACACUCUGAGAGGAGAUGAGGAAAAUGUAUACCGACUUAAACAAACAACCAAACACUGCUUUGAAGGCCAAUCCUGUGAAAUUGGGGAUCAAAUAAGUACAUGUAAGUGGACAUACGCAUACGCUGGGGGUGGUGCAGAUCCUCAACACCCAGUAGUUCUGACAGAACACGCCAAAGUACACGUGUCCUACAACGGCGGACAGAGUUUUGCAGAACAUCCAACACCGAUUCAACAAGUUGACUGCAGCUGGUACAUACGGGGAGGGAAGAUUUCUGUUCACUUGUCCAGGAGGAAGGAGGUCUGCACUCAGAGCACAUGUCAGAACAAUGGAAAGUGUAAGAGGCUGCUGGACUCCAACGAUUGGCUGUGCGACUGUCAGGAUGGUUACCAUGGAGACACAUGUAACAAGAAAGUGGACAUAACUCUGAAAAUGACAAAAAAAAAAGUUAUUAAUGGGAAUCAUUCAGUUGCACUGAUUACAUGAAUUACUUAAUGUGUUUUAGUUUCUCUUUUUUUUUUUUGACUGAGCCUGCUUUAUGAAGUUACUUUACUAUUUGGCUACUUUACUAUACAAUGGCUCAGCACAUGAAGACUCUCUUACCUAAAGCGCUCAUCAGCACCACCGGUACCAAACUCAGAACCAUCGAGUCCAAAUUGGACACGAUGAUGAGUAGAUGUCAGUGUUCAUAGAAUUCUGUAAAACCACAAACACACACCAGGCAGCAGAACACUUGAUGCAGAGUUGUAGUCUUCCACACCUCUCUGCAGUUUCCUCUCAGCUGUCACCCUCCAGUAAUUCAGUUAGCUUUAUUGAGACUGUGUCUGUCCCCCGACCACCAAAAUUCAAUAAAUUAAGCAAAUCAAAAAUAAACAAAAGACAUAGUAACCAUAAAAAUCUAAUUAAAAUUAAUACCACUAUUUCAACUGAGCGAAGAAACAGGACAAUUAAAUGUGGUCUGUUAAAUAUUAGAUCUCUCUCGUCUAAAUCUCUGUUAGUAAAUGAUUUGAUAACUGAUAACCAGAUUGAUUUGUUCUGUUUGACUGAAACCUGGUUGCAGCAGGAAGAAUAUGUUAGUCUAAAUGAAUCAACUCCUACUAGUCAUACUAACUGUCAUGUUCCUCGAAUCACAGGCAGAGGAGGAGGAGUGGCAGCAAUUUACCUCUCUAGCUUAAAAAUGAACCAGAGACCUAAACCUAGUUACAGUUCAUUUGAAAAUCUUACUCUCAGUCUCUCUCAUCCAGAUUUAAAAGCUCAGAAACCAGUUUUAUUUGUUGUUGUAUAUCGUCCUCCUGCUCCUUACUCUGAGUUUUUAUCUCAAUUCUCAGACUUUUUAUCUGAUUUAGUGCUCAGCUCAGAUAAAGUCAUUAUUGUGGGUGACUUCAACAUUCAUGUUGACGUGGACAGUGACAGCCUUACGACUGCUUUUAAUUCAAUAUUAGACUCAAUUGGGUUUUCUCAACAUGUAAAUAAACCAACUCAUAGUUUUAAUCAUACCCUUGACCUCGUUCUGACUUAUGGCAUAGAAAUCAAACAGUUAACAGUAUUUCCCCGGAACCCUCUUCUUUCUGACCAUUUUAUGAUAACAUUUCAAUUUACAACAAUAGAUUGUAUAGGAGUUAAGAAUAAAUAUCAUUACAGUAGAUGUCUGUCUCACAAUUCGGUGACUAAAUUUAAGGAAAUAAUACCCUCUCUAUUUAGUCCAGCACCACUUACUGAUAUAAUGGAAGGGAAAUAUUAUAAUUUUACCCCCACAGAAGUGGAUUAUAUUGUUAAUAAUGCUGCAGCCUCACUGCGUACAACACUUGAUAGUGUUGCACCUGUAAAAAAGAAAGUUCUAUCUCAGAGAGGACCUGCUCCUUGGUAUAAUUCCCAGCUGCGGACUUUAAAGCAGGCAUCCCGAAAGCUGGAAAGGAAGUGGUAUUCCACUAAUUUAGAGGAAGUUUAUGUAGCUUGGAAAAAUAGUCUAGUAAUUUAUAAAAAAGCUCUUCGUAAUGCCAGGACAACAUAUUAUUCAUCUUUAAUAGAGGAAAACAAGAACAACCCCAGGUUUCUUUUCAGCACUGUAGCCAGGCUGACAAAGAGUCAGAGCUCUGUUGAACCUUGUAUUCCUUUAGCUUUGAGCAGUAACAACUUCAUGAGCUUCUUUACAAAUAAAAUUAUUACGAUUAGAGAAAAAAUUAAUCUGGCCCUUCCUACAAAUGUCACAGAUGUAUCAUCGAGUACAGAUACUUUAGAAUUGGCUGUAAGACCAGAUGGAUAUUUAGAAUUUUUCACCCCCAUACAUCUCUCUGAACUCAUUUCAAUAGUUUCUACAUCCAAACCAUCAACAUGUCUUUUAGAUCCUAUCCCAACUAGACUGUUCAAGGAGGCUUUACCUUUAAUUAAUUCCUCAAUGUUAGAUCUGAUUAAUCUCUCUCUAGUAACAGGUUAUGUACCACAGGCUUUUAAGGUUGCUGUAAUCAAACCUUUACUUAAAAAGCCCACUCUAGAUCCAGAUGUUUUAGCCAACUAUAGACCAAUUUCCAACCUCCCAUUUCUCUCCAAAAUUCUGGAAAGAACAGUUGCAAAUCAAUUAUGUGAACAUUUACAAAGGAAUAGCUUGUUUGAAGAGUUUCAGUCAGGCUUCAGAGUGCAUCAUAGCACAGAAACAGCUCUGGUGAAAGUUACUAAUGACCUUCUCAUAGCGUCAGAUAAUGGACUGGUCUCUAUACUUAUUUUAUUGGACCUUAGUGCAGCAUUCGAUACAAUCGACCACAAACUUUUAUUACAGCGACUAGAACAUUCUAUUGGCAUUAAAGGGACAGCACUGGACUGGUUUAAAUCCUACUUAUCAGACAGGUUCCAGUUUGUGCAUGUCAACAAUGACUCUUCUGAGCAUACUAGGGUUAAUCAUGGAGUUCCUCAGGGUUCUGUCUUAGGACCAAUACUGUUCACACUAUACAUGCUUCCCUUAGGCAACAUUAUUAGGAAGCACUGUAUUAAUUUCCAUUGUUAUGCUGACGACACUCAAUUGUAUUUAUCUAUGAAGCCAAAUGAAACUAAUCAGCUAGCUAGACUGCAAGAUUGUCUUAAGGACAUAAAGACCUGGAUGACCUAUAAUUUCUUACUACUAAAUUCAGACAAGACUGAAGUCAUUGUAUUUGGCCCCAAACAUCUUAGAGAAUUGCUUUCAAAGCAUAUAGUUACUCUGGAUGACAUUACAUUGGCCUCCAGUACUACUGUGAGGAACCUCGGCGUUAUCUUUGACCAGGACAUGUCCUUUAACUCGCACAUAAAACAAAUCUGUAGGACUUCCUUUUUCCACCUGAGAAAUAUUGUGAAAAUCAGGAACAUCCUGUCUCAGAGUGAUGCAGAAAAACUAGUCCAUGCAUUUGUUACUUCUAGGCUUGACUACUGUAAUUCCUUAUUAUCACGUUGUCCCAAUAGCUCUCUGAAAUAUCUACAGCUGAUCCAAAACGCUGCAGCCAGAGUACUGACGGGAGUUAGCAAGAGAGAUCAUAUUUCUCCUAUAUUGGAUUCUCUUCAUUGGCUUCCUGUUAAAUCUAGAAUAGAAUUCAAAAUCCUUCUUCUGACAUAUAAAGCUCUUAACAACCAAUCUCCAUCAUAUCUUAAAGACCUGAUAGUACCAUAUUAUCCUAGCAGAACUCUUCGCUCUCAAACUGCAGGCUUACUUGUUGUUCCUAGAAUCUCUAAAAGUAGAAUGGGAGGCAGAGCCUUCAGUUAUCAGGCACCUCUCCUGUGGAACCAGCUCCCAGUUUGGGUUCGGGAGGCGGACACCCUCUCUAUUUUUAAGACCAGGCUUAAAACCUUCCUUUUCGACAAAGCUUAUAGUUAGGGCUGACUGGGGGACCCUGACGGGGUAUGCUGGUGUUUUCAUUUGCACAACUGACUUCCCCUCUUGACGUCCCUUUAGUUUGCCCCUAGUUAUGCUGCUAUAGGCCUAGGCUGCUGGGGAACCUCUCUUGAUGCACUGAGCCCUUCUCUAACUACCUAUGUAUUUACUAUAUAUACCAUUAUUGCAUUACAUUCACUCUGUUUCUUUCUGUGUCCUUUCUCCGAGUGUCCCUGGUCCCAGAGCUGGAUGCUGGAUGCUUCAGAUGUGUGGCUGUGUUUUAUGGUCCUUGUGUCCCACCCCCCCACCUCUCUAUCUCUACCCCUCUAUCUGUAUCCCUCUAUCUCUACCUCUCUACCUAUACCCCUCUACUUCUAUCCCUCUAUCUCUACCUUUCUACCUCUUCUGUCCCUCUCAACCCGCCCGGCCAGCAGGCAGAUGGGUCCCCCCACAUUAGAGCCGGGUUCUGCUCGAGGUUUUUUUCCCUGUUAAAAGGGUGUUUUCCUUGCCACUGUCGCCUUUUGGCUUGCUCUGGGGGUCAGGCAUAUGGGUUCUGUAAAGCGUCUCGAGACAAUUUGACUGUAAUUGGCGCUAUAUAAAUAAAAUUGAAUUGAAUUGAAUUGAAUUGAUGGAACAAGAACAGAUUUAAAAAGUUGUUUUAGUGCCACCAUGUGUUGGAAAAAUGUCUGUCUGAAAAUUAUUCUAAAGGAUUAAAGAUUUCUAAAAGAAAUAAACAGCAUCACGUCUUCAAUGCAAUAAAA